AUGGAAUUCGAGGUCUCGGCUCCCAGUCCGCUUUCGCCGUCACCGUCCAAGGCGUGCGACCUUGAGAUGGAGAAGGGAGAGGAGAAAUUGGACAAGGAUCGCCUUCGUGUCAAGAGGAAAACCUUACAAACUGUGCUUGAGCAGUGUCAGAGAGCCCUCGAAUUGCUCAACAACGCCGACGGCGCUGCUCUUGCUGCCGCUGAAGAUGAUGAUGACCAUGUCCCUGACCUCGAGGUGUUUAGGGAUAAGGAAUUCAGUCGACAGAGCUCGCUGGGUUCUCCCAGCGAUCGAGAAGCUGAUGAGUUAUGUGACCUUCUCAAGUCUAGAGUUGAAUGCUCCGACUUCCUUGAAAAGCUAGAGUGUGCCCAAGCUUCUGUUCCACAUGAAAUUAUUGGAGAAGAAUGUAGUUCUUGGGACAUGGUCAAUGAGAGUGAUCUUUGGGAAGGUGAAUUGGGUCAUUCAGAACAAGAAGACUUUGUUCUUGUUCGGCAAGAAGAUAUAGUAGACGGUAUUGCAUGCUUCAUGGCUGCUUAUCUUUGUUCCCUUAAACAGACUAAGGACCUGACCCCGAAUCAACUUCAGGAAGCCCUCAGCAAAACAUUCUCUGUUAAAAAGAACAAGGGAAAGCUUCGGAAGGCUUGGGAUGGAAGCAAAGUAAUUUACAACGUAGCGUCUUGGGGAGCAACAGCCAUCGGGAUAUACCAGAACCCGGUAAUACUGAGGGCUGCCACUAACGCCUUCUGGACCUCAUGCCACAUUAUCUCAAAGAUUCUCUGA